GGAACAUUAUAACUCCCUUUAAUUUUAGGGCCAUUUCAUUAAUUUCCAUCCGUUUCAGCUAUCAUCUGGUUGGGCGGGUCUGAGGUGGGUCCAGACAAAAAUGGUUUGGGAAGAUCGUGGCCAGAUCUUAAACCUCACUCACACACACUUUUCUUCAUUCCUUCACUUCUCUCUGUCUCUCUCUCUCUCUCAAUCUCAAACACACACACACAGAACAGAGUGUGAUGGAAGAACAAGAAGAGUGCCAAGUUGGGGAAACCAAGGAAACUCCAACUCCUCCUGUUCGAGUCUAUGCUGAUGGGAUUUAUGAUCUCUUUCACUUCGGCCAUGCCCGUUCUCUCGAGCAAGCCAAAAAACUGUUUCCGAACACUUAUCUUCUUGUUGGAUGCUGCAAUGAUGAGAUCACCCAUAAGUAUAAGGGCAAAACUGUCAUGACUGAGAAGGAACGCUAUGAGUCUCUUCGCCACUGCAGGUGGGUUGAUGAAGUCAUUCCAGAUGCGCCAUGGGUAAUCACUCAGGAGUUCCUUGACAAGCAUCAAAUUGACUAUGUGGCACAUGAUAGUCUUCCUUAUGCUGAUGCAAGUGGAGCUGGAAAGGAUGUGUAUGAAUAUGUUAAGUCUGUUGGAAAAUUUAAGGAAACAAAGCGGACUGAUGGAAUUUCUACUUCUGAUAUCAUAAUGAGAAUUAUCAAAGAUUAUAAUCAAUAUGUAAUGCGUAAUUUGGACCGUGGUUAUACAAGAAAGGAGCUAGGUGUUAGCUAUGUCAAGGAGAAGAGGUUGAGAAUGAACAUGGGACUUAAAAAAUUGCAGGAGAGAGUGAAGAAACAACAAGAGGAAGUAGGAAAGAAGAUUCAAACGGUGGGAAAAAUCGCUGGAAUGCACCCUAAUGAAUGGGUUGAAAACGCUGAUCGGUUGGUUGCUGGAUUUCUUGAGAUGUUUGAAGAAGGUUGCCACAAAAUGGGAACAGCAAUCAGGGACAGAAUACAGGAACGAUUAAGGGCACAGCAGCUGAAAUCUCUUCUUUAUGAUGAGUGGGAUGAUGAUAAUGAAUUCUAUGAUGAUGAUGAAUACUACACAGACUAAAGUGACAAAUAAACUCGUGUGUCUAGAUUUCGAACAUUCCAUAAGUAAGCUAUCCUUUCUGUAACGACAAUGUUUAUUCGAACAUUACUAGAAAGACAAUGGAUAAGUCAUACAUAUGCAAGAUGGUUUGUAAAUUAUUUGUCAUUGUACAUACAUAGUUUGAUUGAUAUCUAUUUCUUGUUAAAAGAGAAGGUAGCUUUGAGAGUAACAGGGUGGGGGCAGACUUGAAUUAAUAAUGUUUUUUAUUUUUAUUUUUUUCGGCUAUGAUAAGGGUUUUUUCCCAAGGAAGGAAA